AUGGAGUCACGAAAUGAUCAGAUACUUCCAAAUAGUACUAGUGAUUCGAAUCAAACUAGUACUGACGCUUCAACAGAAUUAACCACAUCAUCAAGAGCAAAGAGAAAACCAGUAAAGCCAAGGUCUGUAGUUUGGGAUCACUUCACAAGAUUCGUCAAUAGUGAAGGUGAAUUAAAAGGUAAGUGUAAUUAUUGCAAAAAGGAAUUUUGUUGUGAUCCAAAGAAAAACGGAACUACUGCACUUAGGAAUCACCUUAAUUCAUGCAAAAAACACCCACAUUCUAUUGAGACUAGACAAGCACAAUUAUCAUUGCAAAAUACUGCAAGUGACAAUAAUGUGAAUGAUUUAGGCACUCUUACUACUUGGAAGUAUGAUGAAAAUGCAAUUAGGAAGGCCCUUGUCCAUAUGAUAAUUAUUGAUGAAUUGCCUUUUAGAUUUGUGGAAGGAGAAGGUUUUAGAAGCUUCAUGAGAGCAAUUUGUCCAAGGUUUAGGAUUCCCUCUCGUUGGACAAUUUCACGUGAUUGUUAUGAUUUGUUUAUUGAGGAGAGAUCAAAAUUGAGGUCUUUUUUUAAGAAAAAUUGUCAAAGGGUGAGUCUUACUACAGAUACAUGGACAUCAUUGCAGCGCAUUAAUUACAUGUGCAUAACCGCUCACUUUAUUGACAAUGAUUGGAAGUUGCAUAAGAGAAUCAUUAAUUUUUGUCCCAUUUCAAGUCAUAAAGGUGAAGCAGUAGGCAGAGCAAUUGAGACUUGCUUGCUAGAGUGGGGGUUAGAUAAAGUGUUCAUUAUUACAGUUGAUAAUGCUAGUUCUAAUGAUGUGGCCAUAUCUUAUUUGAAAAAGAAGCUUGCUAAUUGGGGUGUUAGUGUUGCUAACUCUACUUACUUGCAUAUGAGAUGUAUGGCACAUAUCAUCAAUUUAGUUGUCCAGGAUGGCUUAAAAGAUGUGAAUGAUUCAGUGAUGAAAGUACGAGAUGCAGUAAGAUAUAUAAGGAGUUCUCCAGCUAGGUUGAAGAGAUUUAAGGAGUGUGUGCUUCAUGAAAAAAUUGAAAGUAAAUCUUCAUUAUGUUUAGAUGUGCCAACUAGAUGGAAUUCAACGUACAUGAUGUUGAAUACAGCUCAAAAAUAUGAAAGGGCAUUUGAGAGGUACGAGUCACAAGAUCCAAUGUUUAAGAUUGAUAUGGGAGAGAAUGGUAUACCUGACUAUUAUGAUUGGACACAAGUUAGAAAGAUGGCAGAUAUGUUGGCUCAUUUUUAUGAGCUCACUUUGCGUAUCUCGGGCUCCAGGUAUGUCACAUCAAACCUAUUUUUCAGUGAGAUCAGUGACUUAGCCUUCAUUUUAAACCAAUGGAUUAAUAGCAAUGAUCUUUAUAUGAAAUCUAUGGGGGAAAGAAUGAGGGUUAAAUUUGACAAGUAUUGGGGAGAUGUGGAUAAAAUGAAUAAAAUUAUCUAUUUUGCUGUUGUUCUUGACCCUCGUGACAAAUUUGAGUUUAUGGAGUAUUCUUUUUCCCAAAUGUAUGGCCAAGAGAAAGGAGUAGAGCUAUUCAACAAUGUCAAGAGUUGUUUGUUUGAUUUGUUUAAUGAAUACAAAAAAAUGUAUCAAUCUGAUGUUGAGCAAUUGAAUGAUAAUAGUUCACAACAAUUAAGUGGGAGUUGCACUACUACCGGUUCAAUAAACCCUAAGCCUAAAUUCUUUUUGAAGCAUCACUACAAGAAGCAGAAGUUGGAGGAAUCUAGUGGAUUUGAUUCAAAAACAGAGUUAGAAGUGUAUCUAAGUGAGGCAAUUCAAGAGGAAAAGGAGGAUUUUGAUGUCAUGAAAUGGUGGAAAAUAAAUUCUGAAAGGUUUCCUAUUUUAGGAAAAAUGGCUAGAGAUAUAUUAGCAAUUCCAGUUUCUACAGUUGCCUCAGAGAGUGCCUUCAGUACUGGUGGAAGAGUGCUAGAUUCCUUCAGGAGUUCCCUGACUCCUAAAAUUGUUGAGGGCUUGAUAUGUGUGCAAGAUUGGAUUCGUCCAUCAAAUGUUCAAGUAAAUGUUGAGGAAGAUCUAGAGGAACUUGAAAAGCUUGAAGAAGCUACUGCUAAGGUUGCUACCGAUGAGUACGCUAUCAUUUCUUCCACUCCUGACAAUGGACACAACACACCCCCUAUGGUCAGCAAAGCAGAUCCCAACAAUCUAAAUAUUGAGCAAAUACUCCAGUACGUCAAAAGCUUGCAGGUCAUUUUCGAGCAAUAUAAAACUCAGGAAGAGGCAUCACUCAUGGCUCCUAGGAGAAGGGAGGAAGUCUCCAUAGAUACCUCAAGGACUCGGACAAAGGCAAUUCAAACGCAGUCCAAGGGAAAGGACAAGUCUGAGAAAGAGGAACCAUCAGAUGAUGUUCCGAAGGAUGCUGACUGGAAGCUAGGACGGGCUGCUUAA